GUGACUCGUUGCAGCUCGGAUAUCAUAGCCACUUUCACAAGAUCCUGUGAUUGAUGAUUGAAGGCAAGGCAGAAUUACUCUCCGACAGAAAGUUGGUCGGGAAGCACUCUUUCCAUAAAGGAGGUACGAUUGCUAUCAACUGGGGCGCUCCCAAUCGCAGAAGACUUCGGAUAACAUGGGUUUUGUCCAUUCUACAUGGUUUCGCAUUCCAAGUCUUUCAACAUGAAGCCAGACUACCCUGAUAUCCAGGACCUUCGAAAAGCUAUACCACCGGGCUGUUUUCUUCCCUGUCCGCAGACCUCUCUUUACUACAUCUUCAGAGACGUCGUGGCGUCAGCAGUACUUGCUUGCUUCGCCUUCAGCUACAUCAGAGAAGAUCAACUUGGGCCAACACUCUACUUCAUAGCCUGGGCGGUGUACUCAUUCCUUCAAGGACUCAUCUGUACUGGAAUCUGGGUACUGGCUCAUGAGUGCGGUCAUGGGUCACUCUUUGCUUCCACAAAGGUAAACGACGCCAUAGGGUUUGUACUUCAUUCCUUCCUGAUGGUACCGUACUUUUCCUGGAAGUACACUCACCGGCGCCAUCAUCGGUUUACCGGGCACGCAACUAGGGAUGUCGUAUUCGUACCAGUCAUGAAGACAACUGCCUCUGACAGAGACAUGUUCUCUCCUUCGGCGUUCAUGGAAGAUUCCGAUGUUCCAAUCGUUCAAGCAAUCUCGUUGCUAGGACAGCAGCUAUUCGGUUGGCCUCUUUAUGUUUUCUUCAAUCUGUCUGCCGGUAAAGACAGUCUAUUACGAGAUGCUUCCGGAAAUGAGCGUUGGCUAAGAGUCGGCCUCUUUGAUCCUUGGAGUUCUGUGUUUAGGGACAACGAAGCAUGGAGCGUCAUGGCCUCGGACUGCGGUCUUGGUCUCAUGGGUUGCUUUUUGGGCUGGUGUGGCAAGGAACUUGGAUCAAAAACCAUGAUUCGACUAUACUUUCUACCUUAUCUAUGGGUGAACAAUUGGUUGGGUAAGAUUGCUAUCACCUAUCUCCAACAUAACCAUCCUCAAGUCCCUCACUAUACCGACAAUGGGUGGACUUUCGCCAGAGGAGCUCUAUCGACAAUCGACAGAGACUUCGGCUUUAUCGGGAGGCACUUCUUUCAUCUAAUCAUUGACAGACAUGUGGUUCAUCACCUAUUUCCAAGAAUACCAUUCUACAAGACUGAUGCAGCCACAAUUGCUAUCAAGCCACUAUUGGGUGACUUGUACCACUACGAAGGCAGGAGUUUUCUGGGUCAGCUAUGGUAUCAGUCUUGCACACUGAAAUAUAUGGAAAUUGAUCCCGACCGUCCUGAAUGUACCCGGUGGGCGCUAUAAGUGGAGGUUUUGGCGUUGGCAUUUCAUGGGAUUCGCACUUGAUAGAGGCAAGCAUGUCAGCUUAGAUGUGACAAAUAGCAUCGAGUACCUUAUUCAAUUGACCAUUGCAUGUGGCCUUGCCAGAACGCCUAUCACCCGUGUCGAACCUGUUUACACGCUGCGUAUGACACAUCAUUCCUGACACCCCUCCAAAUUCCGACUUCCCUAAGCCCCGGUUCUUAUUUUAUUUGGGCAGAUCUGAAGUUGAGCUUGCGUGAGAUGGCUUGUGCUUGGGCUGCCACUGCUCAGAAUCUCCGAUCCUAUCAACUGUGAUACCUGCUCGUCCAGCAGGGCCCAAGCCAGCCUCCAAUUGCCUCUUAUAAGAAACGUUCCGCAGCCUCUCGGCUUCAGCCGGAGUAAGUUUCAA